ACAAGGCGUUGCCAACAGCAACAGGACUUGCUGACCUCUGCUGUAUAGAGAAAAACAGGCUUCCGCGCUGUUACUGCUGUUUUGCCGCAAGGAGGGAGAAAUGGCUGCAAGAUUGCUUCCGUUGGAGCUUAUCGACAAGUGCAUUGGGUCCAGGCUGUGGAUUAUCAUGAAGGGAGACAAGGAGCUUGUGGGCACCCUGAGGGGGUUCGACGACUACGUGAACAUGGUGCUGGACGACGUGACCGAGUACGAGGUUGAUGCCGACGGGACGAAGCGGAGGAUACAGCUCGAUCAGAUUUUGCUAAACGGGAACAACGUGGCGAUGCUGGUUCCAGGGGGGAGCCCGGAAGAUACAUAACGUAUUUCGGGGGCGGGGGGCGGGGGGUAUGAUUGUACAGAAAAUGUUAGGGAUCGACACCCCCGCAGGGGAAGAGCGGCCUGCGAGCGCAUGCGGGGGGUGGGUGGGGGGUGACGAGGAUGCCUUUGUGGUGGUGAUGCACGUGUGUUGGUGUUUCGUUGAACAUUGCAGCAGCAGCAAUAGCGUGUGGUACAUGCUGUAACAGCGAGUGGUGCAUUCCGUGAUAUUUUUGAGAGAAAGAAGGUGUGUGUUACUGCUGUUCUCUGGUAGGAGUAAUUUAUUUGUUUGCUUUUGUGGGGGGCAGGCAACCUGGGCUUAACCGGGUUCUAGUCUCGACGCAGCUACCCCGGUUUGAGAUUGACGUGUGUACUUCGACGAAAUGUCUCUUGAGAGUAAAACGGACACCCGCUCGCCAUGCAGAAGGACAAACAAUGUGGAACGAUGACUGUGCCACGGAGAGCUUUUCUGCCAUCAAUGGUCUUAUCGCAGGGCCGCGAGGCGAGUGUUGACUCGCUCAAGGCCCCGAUGUCGUUUUUUCGUGCUACAAUAUUGCCGAACCGCACGUGAUUCACGACACGUCAAUUCACCAUGAACUUUGAGCUGUG